GACGGCCCCGAUCCUCGUACAUACGUAUCACCAGAGCUGUCUUGAGCUUCACAGAUGGUCCACUAAACGAGCCUCGGCAUGCAUGCAUUCUUCAUUCGCUCCAGCUGAGCGCCCCAGAAUCUUUACCGCACCAUUCUCGAAAUCUUUGCGUUGCGAGCAUAAAGCCCGCCAAGUCCAAUCGGCCCAGUAUCAACGGCUUGUUUUGUCGAAGUAGGCAGCAGAACCGCGACUGUCUCGCCUUGAACUCCGUGGUCACACAUGUUUGAUGAUUAUGAUUGACGGUUGAGGGGUUUAUCGUCAUCGCACGAAGAAGAGCUGCAAGCCCAGGGCUGAAAAGGUCUCCACCACGGUCGGUCUGACCCAACUCUCGAGUCGGCUGCUAGGAUUAUCAUCUUGGGUUUCGAUCGGAUCCUGGUUCUGCUGGUGCCUCCAUGUGCCCUACGAGUAAUGUACCUGAUCCCGGCUUAGCGAGCCAUCUGCUUUUGCCCAGUCCCUUCGCAUCUCCCUCGCUCCUCGCUCCUUGGUCCGUACCCAUUAGCACCUUCUCGAAAUCCGGUCAAAGCUCGAAGAGCGUUGGCAUUGCUCAAAUGUACCGGCGAGGGUCUGAACUAUGGUUCCUCGAGCCCUUGUGGUGGCUGACAGGCGCCCACCAAAUCUACCGACCUCAGCGCAGAUGAGAGGACGCACCGAGAGCGCGACUCAUCUGGUCACUGUCUCGCAAACCAGCACACCUGGUAAAACGAGGGAAAGAUCGCCAACAAGACUGAAACGUAGUCACAACAAGGUCAGAACGGGCUGUAUCACCUGCAGGCGUCGAAGAGUCAAGUGUAGGUUAAUGUCCCUCUAAGUUGUGCUUUCGGCACUCCUUUUUCCCGCAAUGGCUGCAUCUCCUAGCAAGAUACUGCCGCAGUGUAUAAUUGUUUCCUUCCUUGACUCCGCUCCCUGUUUCCAGGCUGCGCUACUCCUGGUGAUCGCUGGCUUACAAUGCCCAGGCGAUGAAACUCAUCCUCACUGCGGACGAUGCGCCAAAGCCGGCCGGUUCUGCGAAGGCUAUGCCCAGCCUAGAACAUGGCUAUUCGAGCCUCCAGCCAGCGACUCCCCUCCUAGCGAAGAGCUUGUGCCUGCUAUCGACAGAGCAAACGCAAUACACUUCUUCGAGGACGCGGACUUCAACAGGCCCACUCAAUACUUCCUCGAAUGUACUGCCCCCCGAAUCGCGUCUUACUUUGCCGAAAUGAUGGAUUCAUUUGUAGAUGACAAAGCCGAGGUAUGCUACAGCAAUACACAAGCUUGGACAUUCUGGAACAGGCUGGUUGUACAGGCCAGCGAGACCAACAGCUCCAUUCGUCACAGCCUAGCAGCUUUAAGCAGUCUUCACGAAUGGCUGGAGUUCACGAAACGGACACCUUGGCAAAACUACUCAUUCACACUACAUUACACCAAAGCUAUUACGGACAUUAAUCAGAGCCACGGCAAACUUCCCCUUGAGAUCAUUCUGAUUGCCUGCGUCCUAUUUGCCCACUGCGACUUUCUGAUGGGUGCUUCAGCUGCUGGUCUGACACAUCUCAAGUCCGGCCAUCGAAUCAUCUCUGAAAGCCGCAAAAAGCAGUUGCAAGUGUCGCCAGAAGUGAGCCAGUUGAUAGUACCAAUCAUCGAGGGGUUCAUUGCGAAGUCUGCGAAUUACAGGUUGACCGAGACUACAAUACCAAAAGGCGAAACAACUGAGAGCACCACUUAUUCGUUGCCUGAGAUGCCCAAGGUGUUCCGGGACCUCCACCAGGCCAACAAAUAUUUGCAACAAGCUCUCUAUUGGGUGCUCCUUCUUGAAUUGGGCCAGCCGAACCACUCGACAAUGGCACCGGGCGUUCGAAAGUACGUCGCUGACUGGGCGACUGCCUUCGGUCAGUGGAAAGUGGUUUAUGAGCUCGAUGACAAUUUGCUAAAAGACUGGCAAUUACUGCUCCUAGCUCAUCAUCGAAUGGCUUUGCUGAUCUUGAAGACCCUUCCUCCUGAAAACGACAAGGGAUACAGCCGUGCAGCUGCAGAUUUUCGGAUCAUGUUCGCACAGCUGCGGACUUUCCUUCGUGGCGAAUACACGAAACUGGACCCCAAACACAGCGGCGAUCUGGUUCUGAAGGUGCAUCUGGGAUUUAUUGCACCACUAUUCUUCAUCGCCACUGAAUGUCGAGUACGAGGCCUUCGCCUCAAUGCACUGGAAGCACUCAAGGACCUGAGAAUCGUGGAAGGUCACUGGAACAGUUGUGUGGCGUACGCCAUCGCUGCGACCGCAGUGGAGAUUGACGAAAAGGUCAACGCGACAAAUCCAGGAAAGACGAUUCGAAUCAAACUUGAUAGCGUGGAUCGAUGGAAGGAUGGUACGAUGACCUUGAAGUAUUACAAAGUGUUUGGGCACCUUUUGGCUGGAGAUGCUGAAUUUAAGACAAUCACUGAACCUGCGUGCCAUCACGAGGUAAACAUGCAAUGGGUAUGCGUGCUUGUUGAUCAACCUUGCUCUUCGGCUGAUGGUAUUUCUAGCCUGCAGUGCGUGUUGUACAGCUCCAUGGCUUUCAAGCAUCGGUGAAGCCACGAAAGCUGCACUGUUCAUGUCGUCCAGCGAAAACGGGAAAGUGAAACAGAGAACUCCCUCGGCUGGCGCGGGCCGCCAAUUCAUGCGAGCCGAUCAUAGGCAAAAAUCUGCAAGACCAUGGCAGAACUGGCUCGAUAGUCAGAGUCUCAAUCUCUGCUCAUCCUUUUAAGUUAGCUCAAGAUCAAUGCAACUGCGAGUGUGGGCUGGGAUUUCUGGAAAAGUCCAUGAGUUCCCACUUCUUCUUGUGACUGCUUAAGUUACUUGCCAGGAUAGCAACAGCCUGUCCCAUCGCUUGGGCUCUCAGCGUGGGGUCGCUCAACGAGGGCUUGUCAGCGGUCCUCACACUCCGUCGGUUACAUCGAAGGUGUGAUCUCAGACGGAUCGCUUCGCAAGACUUGCUCGGGCGUGACUUCAUCCCAUGGAUCCGCGAAAGCAAAGGCAUGCUCGGCACUAGGUCUUGGCAUAAGAGCAGCAGCGGGCAGCGCAACAGGGGGCGCACUACUCCGUACACCGGGACGUGAUGCUGGCUACCAUUACCUCGAGGCGAAUGUGAUUUGUUUUGACCACCGCAAAGGUUCAACAUACUGGCAACAUCAACCCGGUAUGACGCCUUUGACUUUGCUUACGGUGUCGACGAGAGUACUAUCAACGAAGAUUGAAGAGAUCUCUGUUCACUUCCUAAGGGUCCCAGGGGGAGCACUAACUAUAUCGCCUAUACCGAAGGCUCUAGGUGGUUGGGAAUGCCUAACUCUGAUAAGUAAGGGGCUCUUUGAAGAUUGUGCGUUAGCUGGGAGAAAGUGAAGUCGCCGCAAGAGCGUCUUCAUUUAAAGGUGGUCUGGCUCACGGUCGCUCCGGCUCCUGAUUCAUAUAGCAAAGAGAAAAGGCACUCCAGAUGCCGAUAGACGUUUGGCAUGAAAGUUGUAUAUAAACAUAGCUGCCGUGGGGCUUCAAUGGGACAAUCUAGGAUUGGUCAUGGUCUGAUAUUCAUGGUGGCACACGUUCCAUU